GUUACUACCACCCAGAAGGCUGGAGAUAUUCUCAUGCUCACAAUGCUAUUUUGGGACCCUUCGGGGAGCUUAUGACCGAAGAUGAUAUCAAUCGUAUUGAGAAACAAAUUGAGAACCUUCAAGUGAUGCAUAAAGUCCAGAAAGUGGAAACCGAGCUGGAGCAGCUGGAACACGAGCUUCAACAACUCCUGCCAGUAUCUGCCGCCUUAACCCAGGAGCACUUCACUGUUAAUCCCAAACAAAUGCAAGGCAGAGCUGAUGACCUCCCUGCUUGGUGUUCCAAAAUCUCCACACUCUUAAAAAGCAUGGCCAUCCUCCUGGCAACACUUGGCGGUAAAGAAGUUGAUCUUGCUGACUUGGUGAGCAGAGAUGUUUCUGAGCAGUCACAAAAUGCACCAAAAGAUGGUGGCACAAACAUUGGCAGAUCUCAGUCCUUUAGCUCCACCAGAGAAGAAGUUGAAAAGGAAAUCAAACAGUUUGGUGUGUCGGUCAAAAAUUUAAAAGCUAAUUAUGAAUUGUACACACAGCCUCAAAGUGCAUAUGAUGCAUCGGGCAGAAUAUAUAAAAGGAAGAGAUCCUUACCCGUAGGAACAACGGCUUACAGCUAUGGAAGGGAACCCAUCUUGGAAGAAGACUACAUAACAAGCAAUGAGCAGUUUAAUGUUCUGAAUGACGCUACAUCUAGACCCCAUGAGGAUCAGUCGAUCAUACUUUCCCAAUCCCAGCUGACAUACCACAAUGAAGAUGUCUUCCCAACAGAGAUAGAUGCUAGUAACCAAGGCAACAUUAUGGAUGAGUUAGGAGAGCCAUUGUUCAGCCCAGACCACAUGACCAGAAGUCUACCUGUGCAGACAGAACUCAGCUGUGUGCAAGACUACAUCGAUAUGAGAAAAGAAAGAAUAGUCUACCUUUUCCUUGAGCACUGGAAGAAAUGGACAUUCACAGAGUCAGUUAAAAGCAGCACUCCUAAAAAGAAAAUCAGUGGUUCCAUCAGCAGUGAUUUGGACAUUGAUAAAACCGAAGGCGACCAUGAUGAAAAUAGCAUAAAAAUGACGAAAGGGCCAAGUGAUGAUGAUCGACUUCUAUACUUUAUGAAGCAGAGGCAAGUUGUCGGAAAGUUGAUCAGCCACUGGAGAAGUAUAAUCUGUCAAGUUCCCACCAGGCAAAUACGCCGCUUGAGCAGAGCAAACAUGCUUUAUUGGCCUGAGCACUUUUUACCACAUGUGAAUGGUUUACCUGUGGAAUAUUCAAGCCUAACAUUGGACCUCUUUAUGUUGGGUUACUUUCAGCUAUUAGAAAUGUCCAUGUCGCGAGAAGAGAGAAAAUUCAGACACAUUCUGUGCUAUGAAAUGUUUGACCGCCUUGGCAGCCAUAGCUGGGAGCUCAUUCGAGCAUUUCAUAAGGUCGUCAUGGAAGAAAUCGAAUCCGGAAAGAGGGAUUGGACCGAUGGAUUUGAGGACCUAAAGCAACGUUUUUUUGGGGACAGUAUAGAGGGAGACGUAGAUGGUGCAAGAGUAACAGAGCAACUAGAGGAAACUAUAACUCAAACCAAACCCGAGGAUGAACCCAAGGUUACCAUGGACACCAAAGAAAAAGAAAGCAUAGUGGCUUCCAAUGAACUAACUCCUCUUCCUAAAAGUAGGAAGGACUCUAUCCAGCUAGUAUCAGAACUGGGAGAAUUUACUAAUGACGACAUAUGUCGGUAUAUUGAUCGCAGCUUUUCAUUUUGGAAAGAGAAAGAAGCAGAGAUGUUUGAUAUAUGAAAGUCUCUAUUACCACUUGCUUUAGUACAUAAGCUGUUGAUGGUAAAUACAUUUUUUACCAUAACACACGGCAGCAGAAGACUGCUGCCUCAAGUGUGCAACGUGAUAAUCCCUAGAGAGCGAGUAAGGUGACACAAGAGCUGGUGCACAUUUGUUUCGUGGUAGAAAUGGGGGAUCGGGGAAGACAUUUAAGCCCAUUUCAUAAGCACAAUGCUUAGAGGGUUUGUUUAGAUGUAUUUUUAGU